UGUUUACCUAAUUUGACUCUCAGUCACCGCACAAUUGAUGAUAUAUGGCUACCAAAUGUUUGCUUUCAAAACAGUAAAGCAACUGCGGUCCAUAACAGUCCAACGCCGAAUAUAUUUUUAUUAAUCUAUCCUAAUGGAACCAUAUGGGUGAACUACAGAGUUAAGGUUGAAGCCCCAUGUGAAUUAGAUAUGACUUCUUUUCCUAUGGAUGUUCAGCGGUGUACAAUGACAUUUGAAUCAUAUUCUUUUAAUGUUGGAAGAGUGCGGCUCGAUUGGUUCGAUACAGGAGUGAUUAUGGAUGUUCAAGGAAAACUACCAGAUUUUGAAUUAGCCCGAUAUACAUGGCAAAAACAAAAAUUUUAUUAUCCAGCUGGUCAGUGGGACCAAUUAAAAGCUACCUUUUACUUUAGACGCACUUAUGGUUAUUAUAUAUUGCAACUCUAUUUACCAACAUAUGCUUCAGUUUUUAUAAGGUUAUUACUGCUUUUAAUAAUUAAUAUAAUGCAAAUUAAUAUAAUACAAUACAAUACAAUACAAUACAAUAUAAUUAAUAUAAUAUAA